CUUUAACGACGCCGGAUAAUGGGCCGCCUCCUGUGAGGAGAGAGCUGGCUGGGAAUCCGACCCGCCUCGGACUCCCGCCCCUCCUCCCCCGGGCGGGGUGCCCUAGCGCAGGUGGGCUGGGGGCGCCCCGCGCUCAGGCGGGGCUGGCGCUCCCUCCACGGGCCUCCUCCCCCCGCGCCACCACCUGCCUGCGGUGCUCUCGGCCCCCCGCAGGGGGCGCUCCAGGCCUUGGCUGCGGAAUCGCCCGCAGCGCGCGGGGUUCUGAGUUCGCGCGGUUCACCUGACUGAGCCACGGAACCGCGCGGUGCCCUCGCCCGCUGACGGCGCCUGGUCCCUCCCCCCUGCUACCUAUCCCGCCAGCCAUAAGUAUAUGCAGGCAGAAGCUGUUUAUGGCCUUCUUCCCUGGCAGCUUGGAAGAAAAUAUUAGAAGUGGAUUCAUCAGUUUGAACAUACUGGUGUGACUUUCAGGAGAGAAGUCUAGGGCAGAGAUGGAAAUCUGGGAAUCAUCUGGACAUAAACAAUCAUGGUAGAAGGAAGGAGGAAUCACUGUAGAGAUGUCAACAGAAAGCUAUCUCAUUGGCCUCGCUUACAGAAAAUUGUCUUCAAGUAAAAAGUAAGGCGAGACUGAAGAGCCUGCCACUUCGGAGAACAUCACUUGUCAACACCAGAUCAUUCCUUCUGAGUGUGCCAUAAUGAACAGUGGACCUCAACCAGUGACCCUGGAGCUCGAGCCUUGCCCACAGCUGCCCCAACAGGUCAACAGUUCCAGUUGGACCCAGGGCCUAAGACAAGGAAUUACCCACAAUGAUCCCCAACCGCUGGCUCCGCCCACUCUUUUUUCCGGUUUGAAAUCCGCGGGCCUUUCCUGCUUUGAAUUCCUAGACUUCCUGUUCUGAUUCUCGCGAGAGUUUGAGGCAUCGCGUGAAGUGUGCUCCCUGUCCUGCUGGAGUUUUGGAGAUGGGGGUACUGUUUUUCUGCUUUUGCCCACCUCGUCAGAGCCCCACCCCCACCCCGGCCAGCAGUGACGUGCAUUCGGCUAGGGAACCCCUAAGUGAAAGGGUUUGGCCGAGUUCAGGUCCGGAGGGAGAGUCCUGGGCUGAAUCCGGGAGUUUGGACCCUCCAGGCCUCCAAUACGCAUGCGGAGCCGAUCCCCCUGGGUGGUGAGGAGGCCGUCGCCCGCCUUGAACUUCGGGGCUGGUCAGGAGACCCAGGUCCAGGCCGCUAGGCCGGGGGCCAGGUUCUUCUGGGACGAGUGAAUACCGUCUAAAUACCGUCACCUCCCCGACUGCAAAGCUCAGUUUCAGCUCCCUGCAAACUGGACUGCAGCGCGGCUUCUGUAAGCCGCUUGGGGCAGGCUGGGGCGGGGCCUGGCAGACCCCGGCUAAGGCGGGCGGGCCUCCAGGAACGCUUUCCUCCCCACCCCCAGCCCAGAGUGCCACGGUGGCACUGGUGGCGGCCGUGAGACCGAACGCCUCCAGCCUUAGCGGCCUUGCAAAUGUAACCUGUAAUCCCGACCCGGAGCGAGGUCCGCGCUGGAGGCGUCCCGCCCACCUCUCCCUGCAGCUGCGGGUCAGCUGGGACCUCUAUAAUCAGUUGCGCUGAAGCACCUGCCGGAUGUGGGAAGGGAGGAGGAGACCAGUUGUGGGGUGGCGGAUGGAAGCGCCAAGUCUCUGGUCUGCGCCUUGGUAGGGAAGCUGGAUGGGCAAGCCUGCAAUAGCCCCUGGGAAGCCAGCCCUGGGCUGCGGGGCGACUACGUUGGUUGGCCCUGCCCUCCAGGAGCGCGCGACUUGGCAUCAGAGCUCCUACUGCCUCCCUAUUAUGCAGCUGCUCUGGCAGACCCCAGGGACUGUAAAGUCCGAUGGGACAAGCCCUCGACCUUCACUCAACCCUUCCAGCUUCCCAGCCACCCCCAUAUCCCCUACUCCCAACCCCCACCCCACCCUGCCCCUUGUCUUCUUCCAGCUUCGGUGUCCGGUUACCGGCUCCUCAAUUCUCACUGUGACUUUGGCCCAGCUAGGGGAAGUGGCCCAGGAGGGUCCCUUGCGGCUGCAUGAAAUUGGCAGCUUCAGAACUGGAGGGAGGGGGUUGAGUGCGACGUCGAGAGGCGGGGAGAGGGGCGGAGGAGGUGCUCUCUGAGUCCAAGUCCGUGGGCUCUCUCAGAGAUCCUCAAGCCGGAGCAGAGGUGGCUGGCAGGCCCAGCGGAUUGUUGGCCUCUGCUUUCUUUCCACCGCCUGCUUUUUCCCACCGGAGACAGGGCUGUUCUGAAGGGCUUAGUCCUGGACACUAGGGUGCCACGAACGCGCUGAUGCCCGGAGUGCUCGCAGGGCUUCCAGCUAACCAUGCCGCAGCAGCCCGCAGCUGCCACGGCGCCGCCCUCGCUGCUCCUGCUGCUGCUGCUGCUGCUGCGGACGCCGCCCCCGACAGGCGCACGGCCGUCCCCAGGCCCCGAUUACCUGCGGCGCGGCUGGCUGCGGCUGCUGGCUGAGGGCGAGGGCUGCGCUCCCUGUCGGCCAGAAGAGUGCGCGGAGCCUCGGGGUUGCCUGGCCGGCCGGGUGCGCGACGUGUGCGGCUGCUGCUGGGAAUGCGCCAACCUCGAGGGCCAGCUCUGCGACCUGGACCCCAGCGCCCACUUCUACGGGCGCUGCGGCGAGCAGCUUGAGUGCCAGUUGGACGCGGGCGGCGACCUGAGCCGCGGAGAGGUGCCGGAGCCUCUAUGUGCCUGCCGCUCUCAGCGCCCGCUCUGCGGGUCGGACGGCCGCACCUACGCGCAGAUCUGCCGCCUGCAGGAGGCGGCCCGCGCUCGGCCUGACGCCAACCUCACGCUGGCGCACCCGGGGCCCUGCGAAUCCGAGCCCCAGAUUGUGUUGCACCCAUAUGACGUUUGGAACGUGACGGGGCAGGAUGUGAUCUUUGGCUGCGAGGUGUUUGCCUACCCCAUGGCAUCCAUCGAGUGGAGGAAGGACGGCUUGGACGUUCAGCUACCCGGGGAUGACCCCCACAUCUCAGUGCAGUUCAGGGGUGGACCCCAGAGGUUUGAGGUCACAGGCUGGCUGCAGAUCCAGGCUGUGCGUCCCAGCGACGGAGGUGUCUACCGCUGCCUGGCCCGCAACCCCCUGGGCCAGGUCGAGGCUCCAGCUAGCCUGACAGUGCUCACGCCAGACCAGCUGAACUCCACAGGCAUCCCCCAUGUUCCAUCCGUGCCUCUGAUUCCUGGGGAGGAGGCUGCGAGUGAAGAGGGCGAGGAUUACUACUAGGGCUGCAGCCCUGGCCUGUGGGGGUGCGUGAGUGGGGAGAGUAUUCAUCCCUGCUCUUGAAAAGACCUGGAAGGGGGAGCAGGGCCCUUUCAUUGCUUUGGUGCCCUUAAUAGGGGGAACACGGUGGUGGUUAAGUAGGGAGACAAAAGUUGGCAGAGGGCAGGGAGAGAGGCAGACGCUAGGGGAAGUGGGAAGCAAAGAGGCCUAUGGAGGAGGUGCCCUGGCCAGGACAGCCUCCAGCAUAGACCAACCAGGCAGAAGACAGCAGCUGCCUCCUGGUCGCUAGGCUGGGAGGGAGUAUCAGGGAAGGGGGUUGCAGAGGAAACACAAAGAGGCAGCUGGGAUCCUCCACUUCUUCCUGACAACCUUCCCUCCAGCCCUCUUCAGCCAGUCUUCUGAACUACCCUUUGCCACAGCUCCUACUGUUAUUUUUCUAGUCCCUAACCUUGGCCUAGCCUCAGUUUUCCCUUCCUCAAAACUCACCUUCUAGAAAUUUCUCCCCUCACCUAAGUUCUAAUUGCACUUACUAACAGCAGUCCUCUUUGCUGUUGGCCAUCUGUGGUCUGGAAAAGCAUAAUGGAGCACGGUUUAGGCCAGUGCAUUAAGAUGGGCAUUUGGUCAUGUCUAACUUCUGUCCUUCUGGAAAAUUCGAGGCCAGGACCAUAUCUUAUACCACUCUGUAUUGGACACUGCCUAGCACAGGACUAGGCACAGUAGGCAUGCAAUAAAGAUUUAUGAACAAACUGAGACAUAGAUGCACAGGUGUUUCGUGCAGGUGUGCACAUGAAGACCACAUUUCCCUGGGAGGCUUCCCAUGGUAGUAGGACACUGGCUUCUAGAAGCUGCUCCCUAGGCAUGUGCCUGCGGGAUGUAGAGAGGGAGCUUGGGGCAGCAGGUAGAGGGGGGUGCUCCCCUGCCCUCUAGGGAGCAAGUCUGAAGACACUUGCUUGGAGGGAGGGUGUUCUCCCCAUCUGAGCUCCACUGGGGCUGGCCUGCCCCUGCAGGUGGGGAACCAUGUCCAUGUGGGUAGGGCCCCAGGGUAAAAGCACAAACUGGAUGGAGGGGAGCACCUUGGCGAGCAGCAUGGGCUGCACCCUAGGUUUCCCCUAGGAAUCCACCCAUUUUUUUGCUGAAACCAGACAAACCGGUAAGCCAGUUUCCUUAUCUGCCAACUGUGACCUGUCCUAUCUGAUUGGGGGUCACUCCCCACAUCUCCCUCCACACUCGCUGUACCUGGCCUAGGUGAGGAGGCCCAGUGUUUAUUGGCUGAGUGAAGCAGAAAAUGAAAACUUGAGUUCGGGAGGCCAAGACCCUGUGUGUGGAUGGCGACAGUCUCCUACGCGUGCGGGCCCCGCCCGGAGUCUGGCGCCACCACCGGAGAGAUCCCAGUUGGCUCAGUGUCUGAACUUGUCCUCUGGGGCCCAAAGCAGGCAGCGCGGGCUCUUGGCAAGGGCGUGGCCCGGAAUCCCCACCCGAGAGCUUGGCCGUCCCUCCCGCGGGACCGCAGGGCUCCUCCGCAGGCUAAGCAAGGUGGCAGCUGGCGGUGACUAGUCUGUUUAGAGCCUGGCGGCCCCAGGAACUGCACUCCACAGCUCGAGCGGGUUUGAGACUUGGGGUGAAUUCCAGGACGACCGCGGAAGCAGGAGUGGGGAUGUGAGCGGUGUGCCGGGGAGAGGGGGUCAUGUGCUUGGCGUCCGGACCAGAAGGCGUUCUACUCAGCACUGAAAGGGGGGACGUGGUGUGGGUGGUCCGACCCAGUCUAGUUCUUGGCGGGUCUCCAGCCCAGCUGUGCUCGAAGGCGCCCCCUGGCGGGUCUAUUGCUACUACCGUACCUACCUGCAGAGCGGAGGCUCCACCAGACCCAAGGGGGUCACAGGCACCCCGGCAGUCUGUACUCCUUGAUCGCUUUUGCAGACCUCAUAGAGUAUUCGAGUGCAGGCUUCUUACGGCCUCAGUUUCCCCCUCCCAGCUCUGCUGGUUCAGACCCCAUAGCCUGGAAUAGAAGGAAUCCCUGCUGCUCCACACAUCCGCCCCCUCCCCGCCCCGCCUCUGCUCCGCAGACGGGCUUUAAUAACGUCUCUGGAAAGUGACACGCGAUUUAUUAUUAAAGUAAUGCGGGGACGGGAAAGGUUUAAUAAACGCGCUGCGAUGCCGAGAUUAUUCACCGCAAAUAAAUGAGAGCGCGGGCUGCGUUUUAAUAAAUAAUUUCCCGCUGCUCCCUGGGGAAGAGAGGGGAAGAGGAGGGGGAAGCCAAGCCGCUGCCAGAACUCCCGGCCUCGCCUCCCCACGGGUUUUCA